ACCGCCUUUGGUAAGAUUGGCGGCCACGCUGCUGAUUAUGGCGCGGAGGCCCUGGAGAGAAUGUUCCUGGGCUUCCCCACCACCAAGACAUACUUCCCCCACUUUGACCUGAGCCACGGCUCCGCCCAGGUCAAGGCCCAUGGCAAGAAGGUGGGCGAUGCGCUGACCAAGGCUGCGGACCACCUGGACGACCUGCCCAGUGCCCUGUCGGCUCUGAGUGAUCUGCAUGCCCACAAGCUGCGUGUGGACCCAGUCAACUUCAAGCUCCUGAGCCACUGCCUGCUGGUGACCGUGGCGGCCCACCACCCUGGCGAUUUCACCCCCGCGGUCCAUGCCUCCCUGGACAAGUUCCUGGCCAACGUGAGCACCGUGCUGACCUCCAAAUACCGUUAAGCUGGAGUCUUGGCGGUCCCUCCCCUUGCCCGGGGCCCUCCUGUGUUCUGGGCACCCUCACUUCCUGAACUUUGAAUAAAGUCUGAGUGGGCUGCAG